AUAUGUGUGUGUGUGUGUGUUAUGUUGUGUUAUUACUGCAGGAUGAAGAGAUCUCAUGUUUCAGGGACAUCAAACCUGGAGCCCCCCAUCACUACCUUGUUGUCCCAACCAAACAUGUAGGAAACUGUAAAUCCCUCACUAAAGACCACGUACCAUUGGUGAAGCGGAUGGUCGACAAAGGGAAGGAAAUCCUGGAAAAAAACAACAUAACGGACCUCAGUGAUGUCAGAUUUGGUUUCCACUGGCCUCCAUUCUGUUCUGUCACACACCUCCACCUUCACGUCCUGGCACCUGCCAGUCAAAUGGGCUUUAUGUCACGUCUCUUCUACAGACUCAACUCCUACUGGUUCAUCACAGCAGACCAGCUGAUUGAUCUUCUCAACUCUAAAGGCGAGACAAACUGAUCACUUAGAUCUUGCCAUACGUGACUGACUGCACCGAGGUGACUUGCAGAUCAGGCGUCUUGCAGAUAUCAUACUGGAAACUACUUUGCUGACUGUUUGGCUACAACUAAUGACUGUAUUUUAAACAGGUGAUAUACCUGCGUGAGAUUUUAUAUCCUAAGUAGUAUGAGACAUAAAGCCUUAAAGCCUCUUUUAAAAUCCCUAACAAGUGCUGUAAGGAACACUGGAGUUUUGACAAGAUAGGUAAAUUUAUUUAAAUCUGCUCUAAUAAAAUUGUAUUGCUUUUAGGGACCAAUGAGCAAUCAACUUUGAAUUCCUAUAAAAUAGAACAGUGUGUUCAUUAUCAUCCUGUUACAGAAACACUUUCAGUACGCUUUGCUUCCUUCUUCCUUCUUAGAUUACUGUAUAGUGAGCUCAGUUAGACAAACACACUUGGGACACUACUUUUUUUUUUGCAUUAAAGGUACUAGAUUGUUGGCUAAAUAUAAAUACUGACAUGAAUGUUUGUGAUAAGUCCAUAUUAUACCAAGCAUAUCUCAGCAAAUUAAUGAAACGUCUUUCUCUCUUUCUUUUAAACUGACUGUAAAUUUCCCUUUGACACAGUGCAAGAUAUUAUACAAUGUGGGUAAAGGCCAGAGGUAGUGUGCUAUUUUCUGUGAGGCAUUAUGGGCUACUUAGAGUGCCCUGUAUACACUGACACAGAGACAGCACAGAAGAUACAGUGUAAAACCCACUGUAUAGUGAGUGUUCUGGGAUUUCAGAUUUCUCACAGGCCGUUCGAUUUCCUGUCUUGCACAACUGCUUUUGUGCCUUGUAUGUCUGCUCUAUAACAUGAAACAGCAGAAACCCCCCCGAAAGUUGGCAUUAUUGAUAUCAAUCAUAUAUAAACUGAUAAUCUUGGCUAUGCGUUCUUACAUCAAGCUUGCAAUUUGUGAAAACCACUCAGUAAUCCUCUGACGCUGAUAGUAAUGUUAAUUUAUUUUGUUCUUCAUGACCUCAUCAAGCAGUGAAGUACAAUGGGGGGG